AACAAGGUGCCUCGCCAAGCCACCAAUUUCACUCCUCAAAACUUCCUCCUCUCUCUCUCUGUCGCUCAAGUCGGUUACACCCAAAACUUUCAUGUCCUCGACACUCUCUCUAUCCACACCAUGUCUCUGUUCGUGAAACGAUCCCCUCCGUCGAUCAAUCGUCUGCAACUGAUCCAUCUUCACCAGUUCCGCCCCUUUUCUACCUCACCACCACCACUACCGCCUUCUUUCAUUGUCUCAAGCUUCGAGACCAAUUCUCAUGAAAACCCAAGCACUUUCAGAUCUUUCCUCAGAUGGGUUUCGGGAAUUGCUCUGGGUUCGAGCGUUGGGUUGGUCGGUUACUUGUCUUCUUCAGAGAAGUCAUUCAUGGCUUUCGCUGACUGGUCAACGGCUGCUACUGCGGAAGUCUCAGUGGAUGAUCAUCAGACCUCAAACCCUAAAUUUCUCUUUGGAGAUGCAUUAAGGAGAAAGAUUUUCUUUAACUAUGAGAAACGCAUAAGGAUGAGAAGUCCUCCUGAAAAGGUUUUUGAGUACUAUGCAUCUUUUCGGUCCCCAGAAGGAGAAAUUUUUAUGACACCAAGCGAUUUGAUGCGGGCUGUUGUUCCUGUUUUCCCUCCAUCUGAAUCAAACCUCGUAAGAGAUGGAUAUCUUAGAGGGGAAAGGAGUCCUGGUGAGCUGCGUUGUGCUCCUUCAGAGUUCUUUAUGCUUUUUGAUACAAACAAUGAUGGGCUUAUAUCUUUCAAAGAGUAUAUCUUUUUUGCUACACUCCUAAGCAUCCCAGAAUCAAGCUUUUCAGUGGCAUUCAAAAUGUUUGACAUCGAUUGCAAUGGAGAGAUAGACAGAGAGGAAUUCAAGAGAGUUAUGGCCUUGAUGCGAGCUCAUAAUAGACAAGGGGCUAUUCAUAGGGAUGGACUUCGAGCUGGGCUAAGAGUUGGUUGUUCUGUAGAAAAUGGAGGCCUGGUGGUGUACUUCUUUGGCAAAGAUGGCAAGAAAUGUCUCCAACAUGAAAAAUUUGUCCAGUUUUUGAGAUCUCUGCAUGUUGAGAUGGUCAGGUUGGAGUUUGCUCAUUAUGACUACAAAUUACAUGGAACCAUAUCAGCCAAGGAUUUUGCUUUAUCCAUGGUUGCAUCUGCCGAUAUGAGGCAUUUGAACAAGUUGCUAGAUCGAGUUGAAGAAUUAAACAAGGAGUCAAAUCUUAGUAAUGUUCGCAUUACAGAAGAAGAAUUCAAGGAUUUUGCAGAGCUACGGAAACGAUUGCUGCCAUUUUCUUUGGCCAUUUUCAGUUAUGGAAAAGUGAAUGGUUUGUUGACAAUGAAGGAUUUUCAACGUGCUGCUUCCCAAGUAUGCGGUGUCUCUCUCACCGACAAUGUUGUUGGGAUCAUUUUCCAUGUUUUUGAUGCAAACUGUGAUGGAAGUUUAAGUGCAGACGAGUUCAUAAGAGUUCUACAAAAGCGGGAAAGGGACAUUGCUCAACCAUCAGAGGCAGGCUUCAUGAGCUCUCUAUCUUGCUGUUGGAAUUGUGCAAAUAACUGCUCUAUUGCAUGGUUUCUUUCCUAAAUGCUGUGGAGAAUGAGAUCCUAUUGUUCUGUUGUAAAUUAGGGUAAUUUACUUCUUUCUCAUAGGGUGGAUGCGGUUAAAGAAUGUGCUGACAGACAAAUUGAAUAGUUUGAGGCAAAAGCAAGCAAGUCUUUACUUUGUUUCUCCACUAGAGAAUCGCUAAUCAGCCUAUAUAGACCAUCUGGCUUCUUCUU